GUCACCUUCAGAGACGACGGUUUGGAUUCGACGAAGAAGAAGAAACCCGGAAGUUGGUAAUUUUCUGUCCCAUGUGUUGCAAUUUACUCGUCCAUUCAUUCAUUUAAUGGUAACUUCUGUUGCAGUUAUAUUGCAUACUAACGUUUCCCAGGGAAUACGGACAAUAUUGUGCCUCAGUGUUGCAAACAAAACACGAUAACAGCGGUUUUUGUGAAAGCUAUCAGUGGCUUCAGCGUUAGCUAGCGAACUGAAGAAAUCGCGUAUGCGAGUCUUGGCCACAAACACUUUAAUGUUCGAGAGCGAUAUCUGAAUGAAAAGCGCUGUGGAUACGAACAUGAUCAAGGAAAACCGGUGGAACAUACCCCCCAAUGCUCCGGCGUGCAUGGAGAAACACCUGUGUUCAGCUCAAUACAGAGCAGAUGGCACCUUCCUGCUGGGUGCCUCCAGCCUCACUGGCAGGAGCUGGCAGGGGUCUGUGUGGAUCUACAGCGACCCUUCUCAAGCCCCCAAUGAGGAACAGUGCAAAGCCGGUGUUCAGACUGAAGCUGGAGUCACAGAUGUCAAAUGGGUAUCAGAAAAGGGUGUAGUGGUGGCAUCAGACUCUGGUGCACUAGAGCUCUGGGAACUGGCAGAGGAUGAGCGCCUGCUGGUGAAUCGCUUCACGAAACACGAGCACGACCACAUUGUCACCUCAGUGAGUCCAGUUGCAGGUGCAAGCAGUGCUGUCACUGGCAGCAUGGACUGCCGGAUUAAAGUUUGGGAUCUUAGCCAGGAGAUGGUUGUUACGACCUACAAUGCGCACACAGGACCGAUCAGUUGUGUUGCCUGCAGUCCUUCUGACGAGUCUCUUUUCCUCUCCUGUGGUCAAGAUGGUCGUGUUCUGAUGUGGGACAGGAGAAAGCCAAACAAACCAGCUACUAGAAUAGACAUGGAUUCCCCCAGCUGCUCCCCCACUACUGCAGCCUGGCACCCUCACCACAGAAGUACCAUUGCUAUUGGUGAUGAGCUGGGCAGAGUGACAGUGAAGGAUUUCCUGGGAACAGAGCCAGCCAGGGUGGAGAAAGUCCACAGCCGUAGAGUCAAUGGGCUUACCUUCUCCACACAUAGCGCUUCAUUGCUCGCCUCCAUAAGUGAUGAUUGUUCCCUCGCUGUAAUGAACUCUGAUCUGCAAGAAAUACAUAGAGAUCGGCAACACCAGGACUUUGUCAAAGGUGUGUGUUGGCUCCACGGUGGCUCCAACACUCUAACAACUGUAGGCUGGGAUCACCUCGUGCUUCACCACACGGUGGGUCAAGCUUCUGGGGCUCCCAACUCCUCUUAAACAAGGCUGAUGUUCACCCACAUGGGACAGGAAUGGUUUAAAAUGGCUACUUCCCCCCUAUUUUUAGGGGUGUCUGUGUAUGUAAAAGUACUUUAUUCAGGAAGCUUAGCUUGAAUGCUUUAUGGUUAUUUAGAUAUUUACCAAAUGUUUGAAAUUUUCCCUCCCGAUGCUCACUCUGGUCUGUAACUACUCUGAAACAGUCUUGAUCCAUUUUAUUAAUACUGCUUAUCAUUUUGUUGUGUGAUCAAACUCAAGGCAACCCAUUUGUAUUUCAUAAUUUUACAUUAAAGGUAACUCAGUGUUGUGAUAGCAAAGGUA